AUGUCCAAUUCAACAACCCCUAACCCUACUAAGAUCAAGCUUGGAGAGUGCGCACCCAGGGGCAGGAACAUCGAAUUUGGCAUCAUGGGCGACGAAGUGGAUCACGUGGCAUCCCUUGGUCGAUCCACGCUCGAGAGCAUUCAAACUCUGAUCGAAGAGCUGGACGCAUUGAGUGCUGCGUACAAGCGGAAGCUAGCUGCUGCAACAAGACUAGAACGUCGAGAAUUGGCGGAUCCUCUGCCCGGAAUACACGAAUUUGUUACGUCGGUCAAGGGCACAAGCAACUCAGUUCAGCGCAUCUUGAAGGCCAGGAGCGAUGUGCAAUCAAGUACUGCCGACGGCCAGUCCCAAGAGGAGCGGGAUAAGAAAGAUACAUCUGUCAUCCUAGGGUGCGGCCUGAAUUCUCACCAGGAGCAAUGGGACGCUAUCAAGCGCACUCAUGGGCUGAUGGCAUUUCGGCGAAGGUUCAGCGGCAACUCUGCAAAACUCGGGACAACUGUCGAUGCCGUGGUGGAGAACGGUACCGAAUGGGUGAAAGUAUCGGUGGUAACCGAGAAGAAGCUCAUAUAUCAAAUGGCACAAGAAGGCUGGAAUCCUGACGACUCGACCGACGAAGACUCUGAUGCCAGCGACGGCGAAGACACUGGCAUCGGUAUUGUGAAGAUCACAUGUCAACUCGUCAAAGCAGCACGUUCGAACCGUUGCAACACUCGAAUUCCACGAGUACGCAUGGUCCUGCCAAAUAUUACGGAAGGACGUGUCGACGCAAUCGACAGAUUGCUGGGCCGCAUUCGCGGUUUGGGUGCCUCAAAGAAGCAGGGGGGGAACGUCGAGGUCCUUGUGGAUUGCUCGAACAGUACAUUUUUGGGCACUCCCAUCCCUCUCCUAGAAACGGCUUUUGCAAACAUGUUUCGGGACACCAAUCUGGACCGCUUGACUCACACGGUCAACUUGGAGCUGACCAUCCUUCUCUCCUUGGCAUCAGACAUUGCACACGCCGAAAUCGAGCCCAAGGAAUGGUACUCCAUGCAGACACUGUCCCACCUGGAGGAUGAAGCACACGCACCCGGCGUGAGAUUGCAGAUCGUCUAUAACGCUUUGAGAGGGAGGCGGCUCGAAUGCACUUACGAAGUCGCUAGGGAGUUUUGCAACAUAGUAGAUGACUUGGGCACAGAAACUACUAAAGCUCGCGCUGCAAUUAUGUUUGGAUGGAACAACAUGCAGGAAGGCUUCCAGUUAUUACAACGCAGUAAAAAAACGCCGCAUUCGAAUGGAAUCGGCGAUGACGCGAUCAACAGUUGUGAUCAGUCCAAUGCUUCAGAUCGGAAGAAUCCGAUAGAGGAAUGGCGGAAGCUCUCAAUCUUCCCAGUGCCAGAUGACCUUAAAUUUCCAGUGAGGGUCAUUGGCGAGGAUGUCUUCGACCAUAACGACUAUGUGUCACUGAUCAAGGCUGGAAAAUUGCCUCCUGUAGCAAGCAAGGUGUGGGAGAAGCUGGAUCGGCCGUAUAAUCGUUCCUGUCACCUGUGGGGUUGGAUACAAGAUAUCACUACUAUUUCGGCCAACAGCCUCAAUACAAGGCUAGUCGAUGCUACUGUGGACAAGGAACGAACCAGCGCCUUAGAAGUCGGGCCCAGAAUGUAUCUGACAGCGCUGGCGAUCAGUCUCAAUACCGCAAAGCCGUGCCCGACUGACAAGUGGAACGAGAUUAAGGAUGCAAAACACGAGAGGAAGGAAGCGAGGACUAAGGAAGCGAAGUCGAUGAAAGCAGCUGGGACGUGGGGUCCCAGCAUGGGAGUACCAGUAAAAUGGGACCAGAAGCAACUGAGGAAGCAAAACAUCAGGCGGCACAAAGGCGCCGUGGAUAGCUCCAACGUCUCACAGCAGUCUUCGUCGUCAGAAUGA